AUGGAUUCUCCCACAGCCCCAUCUGGGCUACAAUCCACAGACAAGACGCCAAUAGCAGACAAGCCAGCUCAGCCGGUCGACGACCAAUAUGAAGAUACCGAAAAGAAUUACCAACCAAAAUCUCAGAAGUUCUGGAUGAUCAUGACUGGCGUUUAUCUGUCUACUUUUCUCGUUGCAUUGGAUCGGACUAUUAUUGCAACUGCAAUUCCAAAGAUCACUGACGAGUUCAAUUCGAUUGAGGAUAUUGGCUGUAACCUUAAUGCCUACAUGCCGGCUACCGCCUGUCUGUUUCCCAUUUCUGGACGCAUCUACCAGCUCCACUCGACAAAGUCGAUUUACGUCAUCUCCCUCGUCAUCUUUGAGGCUGGCUCAGCCCUAUGCGGCGCUGCCCCCACCUCCGUGGCCUUCAUUAUUGGACGUGCCAUUACUGGUUUGGCGUCGGCGGGCAUCUUCACUGGAGGAAUGAUGAUAGUUCCACUCAUUCCCCUUCGCAAACCUCCUGUUUACACAUCCUUAUUCGGCCUGGCUUCUGGUGUUGCAAGUGUGCUUGGCCCUUUUAUGGGUGGCCCUUUCACGGAUAAAGUAACAUGGAGAUGGUGUUUCUACAUCAAUUUGCCGAUCGGUGGCUUAACAAUCCUUGCGAUACUUCUACUACUUCACAUUCAAUCACCCAAGCACGAGAAGCUCACUUCUUUUGCCCAAAUCAAACACCUUGAUCCCAUUGGAAUAUUCUUCUUCCUCCCAUCCAUAACAUGCCUUAUCCUAGCACUUCAGUGGGGAGGCUCUACCUCGCCCUUGUCAGCACCGAAGAUCAUCGGCCUCUUUGUCAGCUUUGGAGUCUUGCUCGUCAUUUUCAUCGCCAUUGAGGUCAUGAUGUCUGAGACAGCGAUAAUACCAACCCGAGUUGUCCUAAAUCGCUCCGUUGCCGGCAGCAUGAGUUUCAUGUUCCUGAUGUCUGGGGCGCUGAUGUCUAUCCUCUACUAUCUGACUAGUUGGUUCCAAGUCGCUAAGGGAGACUCAGCCCUACACUCUGGUGUCAGCAUGACCCCAUUACUCGUGUCCAUGGUGAUCCUGAGUAUUCUCGUCGCCAUAUUUACGGAGAGGAUCGGGUACUAUGUUCCUGCUCUAUUGAUUGCCCCAGCCCUCUGUGCCACUGGCGCCGGCUUGCUUUCAACUCUCACGCCGAGCUCACACCACAGUGAAUGGAUGGGAUACCAGCAGCUUGGUGGCUCCAUCUUCCUCACUGUCAGUCAAAACAUCUUCUCGACCAAGCUCGUGGACCGACUCUCUGGCGUUGCGGGCCUCGAUGCAGAAGCUAUUGUCAACACAGGUGCAACUGAUUUGCGACGUGUUGUGCCGGCGAGCCAGCUUAGCACUGUUGUAAGCGCAUACAACUACUCAUUGACUCUAGUCUUCACCAUGGCCGCCGCCCUGAGCUCUGUCAUGAUUCUGGGAGCCCUCUUCGUGGAGUGGAAAAGCAUCAAGGGGAAGAAGGAAUCUGAAAGUUCUGAGGAGACUGAUGAGAGUAGAUUGGAAGAGGCCAAGAACGAAACCUGA